AUGUCUUCAUCGCUAAUCAAUCCUAACCCUGAAAUUUAUGCAACACAAAGUAUUUCUAGAAAUGAUUCGGAACAAGAAAAUAAUGAAGAAUAUAUUGAUGAAUUUGAUGCUUUGGAAGUUUAUGAUCUGAUAAGAAAUAUUAACGAUCCCGAACAUCCACUUUCUUUGGAACAAUUAAAAGUUACACAACAUGAUUUAAUUACUGUAGAUAAUAAGAAUAAUUUAAUUGUAAUUUAUUUUACUCCAACUAUUACACAUUGUUCAAUGGCAACUUUAAUUGGUUUGAGUAUUAGAGUGAAAUUACUGAGAAGUUUACCAAAAAGAUUUAAAGUUGACAUUUUCAUUACACCUGGCACACAUCAAUCUGAAGAUCAAGUUAACAAACAAUUAAAUGAUAAGGAAAGAGUAGCUGCUGCUUUGGAAAAUGAAAGAUUAUUAUCUGUUGUAAAUAGAUGCAUUGCACAAUCUUAA